AUGAAUUCCUACGUCUCACUCCAUCUCCUCCGUACCACGCUCGAAAAUCUCCGUAGUGAAAUCAACUCCAAGUCUUCCGAGCAAGGUAAGGAAUACGCACGCGAGCUUGUAAUUAACGAGCAGGCCAUUGCAGCGCUUCAAAAAGAAUUCCGCGCCACAGACAAGGAGACAGAUGCCCGGAUCAGGGAACUGAAUAAAACGCUGAAGUUGGUCAUUGAUGCAAGUGAUAGGAGACGGGAGAAUAUUGAGAAGUUGGAGAGGGAGGUGGAUAGGCUGGUUCGUAUGGAUAGAGAGAAGGAGAAUAGGAUUAGGGAGUUGGAGAGAAGGUCGAGGUAUUGA